AACGUCAAAGUGUCAAACUCGCUUGGUUAUAGCGGCGUUUUAUUUUGUUAUAUAUAGAUUUAAAAAGUUUGCCUUCUUGUAAUUCUAAAUAGUUUAAGAUAAUGAAGGAAAAUAACGGUGAUAUAGACACAAGAAAUGUGGUAAAAAACAGAGAACUACUGUAUCGAAUGAUAAUAAGCCAGUUGUACUAUGAUGGAUUCCAAGCAAUUGCAGCAAGUCUCUCCGCUGCAGUGCAUGCUGAUCCACCAUGUCCACCAAGUGAUAGGCUUUUGAAUGUUAUGAUGGUUGGUCUCCAGCAUGAGCCUGAUAGGAAGGAUAGACUCGCAGCCUCAAGCGGUGCGGAGCAUCUCCUCGGCACAACUGGCUUUGAUUUGGAAUACGAGAUGGAUGCGUCGUCAUUGGCGCCUGAGCCGGCAACGUACGAGACGGCCUAUGUGACGUCACACAAGAUGGCGUGUCGCGCCGGCGCAUUCAGCGCCUGCGGACAGUUAGUUGCCACUGGUAGUGUUGACGCUAGUAUUAAGAUUCUGGACGUGGAAAGAAUGUUAGCUAAGUCUGCUCCCGAAGAAGUGGAUCCUGGUCGUGAGCAGCAAGGACAUCCGGUUAUCAGAACACUUUACGAUCAUACAGAUGAGAUCACAGCUCUUGACUUCCAUCCUCGGGAGCAGAUCCUGGUGUCAGCUUCCAGGGACUGCUGCAUCAAACUCUUCGAUAUCACGAAGGCAUCUGCUAAAAAAGCUUAUAAAUCUAUUACGGAUGCGGAGCAAGUGCUGUGUGUGUCAUUCCAUCCUCUAGGUGAUCACAUCAUAGCGUCGACAACUCACCCAGUGAUCCGUCUGUAUGACGUCACAACCAGUCAGUGCUUCGUCUGCCCCAUACCCUCGCAUCAUCACAAGAAGCAGGUGAAUUCUAUAAAGUUUUCUCCCAACGGCAAAUACUUCGCCAGCGGCAGCGCUGAUGGCACAGUGAAGCUGUGGGACACCGUCUCCAACAGGUGCUUCAACACCUUCCUGGCUGCGCAUGAUGGUGCCGAGGUCUGCUCUGUCGAAUUCACCAGGAACAGCAAGUAUUUGCUGACUGCGGGUUUGGACUCCUCCAUCAAGUUGUGGGAGUUGGCCAGCAGCAGGUGUCUCAUACAGUACACCGGCGCCGGGACAACUGGUAAACAGGAGCAUCACGCACAAGCAAUAAUGAAUCACACAGAAGACUACGUUAUGUUCCCGGACGAGGCGACCACGUCACUUUGUACUUGGCACUCGCGCUCUGCCAACAGAUGUAAUCUUAUGUCACUAGGACAUAAUGGUGCUGUCAGGUUUAUAGUACAUUCUGGAACAGCGCCUGCAUUCCUAACUUGUAGUGAUGACUACAGAGCAAGAUUCUGGUACAGAAGGAAUACACAUUGAUUUGUAAU